UUCCUCCGACGGUUACAUGAACAUCGCGGAACGGCAACGUCAGGUCAUCCUGUGAGAGCUGGAGGCGCCAUAGCACUCGCUAUUACGGGAAUGACACCAGAUCUCAUUCAGGUAGCAGGUCAGUGGUCUUUCGAUGAAUUCAAAAAGUACAUGCACCAACAUGCGUUCUUACUAAACGCUCUA